AUGGACACACGUGAGACACAUCUUGGUGGAACAAUGGAUUUUCCUAUUCAUUCGGGUCACGAAUACAGGGGUUGUACUGCACAGCCUGUGGACUUAAGUGUUGCUGAGAACCGAACACAUACAGGCGCUUGUAGAUACAAAAUCAUUUCUUCUCCACCGCUCGGCUCGGAUGGGCGAAUUGAUGCGCCAUUCGGCCCCCUUAAGCUGCUCGAGCUUAGCGGUGACAUACCGCAGCUAUUCAUAGAUCACUCAUUUUUGGGUUCAACUGCAGAGACUAGUAACAGUUCGGUGGGUCAGGGGGACCGAAAACACAAUCGCAAAGCACAACAACCUAUGCCCAUCAAUGCUAUGAAUAUAGAGAGGUGCUUCGCUGUCAAUAAUGACCCUGUUCUGUCUAGAACCACAACUGUCGAUAGCCAUGCAGAUGUUUCUAUUGCAUGGGCAACGAUUCGAACGCCACUGCCGUUAUUUCAGUUAGAGGAUGAAGUUGGUUCAGCACGGCGCAAUGGACGAAUCAUUAUGACCAUAGGAAACAAUGUCCUUAAUGGGAAGUGUGUCGUUUUGGAAUCCGGUGACCAUAUAUUGGUGAUGAAGAAGGUGGAGACGCAUUGCAGCUGUUCCUGUGUCGCUAAUGAUGAUAUGGAGCGUAAAUGUGAAGAAACACACGGAGCGUAUUUUGAAAUAUGCGCUGUUACCAAGGCCAAAAUUAUCUUUAACGAACGGCCAUCCAUAAUGCAGCAUUUACAUGACGUUGAUAGUGAUAUACCUUGGUUCCUAUGCCAAUCACAAAAUAUGGAAUUGAUAAAUCCAAACUGGCUGCUGUUAAGGGUUAGCCUCGAUAUCGUAGAUGAUUUUAUGAACGACAAGGCUUAUUUCAAAAUUGUUAGAGAUAAUUCAGGGAAAGAUGAAACAAAGUUGAUACUUAGUGUGAAUGAUGAAACCUAUUAUCUUGAACGGAUUGAAUUGGGUGGGAAGGUAGUUUUGGUCAAUCCCACGCAGAUUGAAACGCGCAACGGCCUCACCUACAAUCUGUUAUCUAUUCUUGGAUGUUGCAAAUUUUUACACAACCUAGUAAAUGUGACUCCCAACUUCGCUCCACUACAUCUCAAGGAGGAUACAGCAUUGCAGAAUAUUUUAGAUGCACUACCGAUUGCCGAUGCACAAAUCAAGUCAUUUCUCAUGAACUCCUAUGAGGAGUGGCCUUGCGAAUGUAUAUUUCUAAAAGGGGGUCAUUUUACUCACAUUGAUGCUCUUAUAUUGGCCGAAUUCACAGUUACGUUGCUGCGCCUUUUGGACAUCUAUUUCAAUCAACAGGAAAGGCGCGGUAAGAGCAUUCAAGACCUCACUGCGCAAGAUGUAUGGUCGUUGGUACACAAAUUUCAGGGGGAAUUUGGCUUUCUACCAGAAAGAAUGCAAACUCCUGCUGUAACAUUCCAACUAUUGCGCUUUGUAUCUGAUGUUCAAGUGCCUUUUAAUGAGCUGGAAGAUUAUAUGUACAAGCUGGAGAAUGGAGAGCUGUUCGAUGCUCCUGUGAGAUUGAAUCUGUUUAAGAUGCAUAAACUAAUUGUUUGGGCCAUAUGUGUCGCAAAUGAGGAUCGGAAAGUUACGUACGCCGAAUUGGUGAAAAAAGUCGAUUCGUUGCUAUUCACUAAAAUGUUACCGUCGUACAUCUUCGAAGAGAUGAUAAGAUAUCUCACAAGAAACGAAGUGUCGACAAAUGAGGAUGUGGGUGAUUAUGUGAAGUGCCUAAAGUUUUAUUACGAAAAGUCGUCUUUCAGCGAGGUCGCAGAUGACAUGUCGCGUCGUUUCAAACGCCAGUCCAGAUCGACCGCAGAGGAACCAGAACGUUUCUCAACAGGCAAAAAGCUUUUUCUGGUUGGGGAAGUGGACAAAGAUCUCGCAGAUGAACGUGGAGCGGAAUGCUACAAUUAUGAUAUCUUCAAGCUCAACACCAAAGGCCUCACGAGGCUCAGGUUCAAAUAUGCAAUGAAUACACUGCUUGCAAUGUGUAGGUGCCCUAUGUCGCUCCACGUCGCUAUGAUUGCCGACAGGAUAGUCACUACAGAGGAAGGUGAUACGUGUCUAUUGCAAGUCUACCCCAGGGAGAAGGUGGACAGUCUUAGGGAUGUGUUGUCAUCUCUGUUUAGACUCAAUAAGAGAUGGCACCUGGAUGAUAUAGAAAAGAAAUUGGUCAGAUUUUUGGGAAACAGGCAACCUCUCGACAGUAUUACUGGUGCCCCUAAUUUCCACACAAGGCUUUGGAUAACGAACGAGACAAACACCCUCAAUUGUUGCAUUGCUAAGCGUGAAACAAGCAAGGGCGAAGCGACGGGCAUGUUAGUUGCGGACGACAUCCACAGUGCGCUUAAGCCUAUCAAUGAGGAAUCAUACAUCAUCAUAAAUUCAAACGUGCCCUUGUAG